AUGGCGGGAGUUAAAUCUUCAAUUUUGUCGGGGAUUCGAUGGGUGCACACUGAAGUUAUGCGCAAUACUAAAUCCUUAAUAGGUGAUGGUAGGGCAACUUCUUUAUUUUUUGAUGUUUGGUAUGGUUCUGUAACUUUGGCUGAGGUCUUGCAGAGAACUGACCUUGACAGACGUGCGAGAGUUAGUGAUAUCAUAGUGCAGAAUCAAUGGCAUUUGGAGGGAGAGCAUAUUCGUGAACUUGCAAGUGCUGGUGUGGCUAGGGUGAAUUUACCAAGAAGGCAUAUGGGCAUUGAUGAGAAGAUUUGGAUGCCAGAUCUAAAGGGAAUGUUCUCUGUCAGGUCUGCAAGGGAUUUGGUGCGCAGCAAGUAUCCUUUGCUUCUUGAAGCAAAUCUGUUGUGGAGAAGGGUGGUGCACCUGGAUUUAUCAGCUCAGAAUUGGAAAUUUGUUAUGGGAGCUUGUGCAACUCUGGACAAAGUUAGGAGUAGAUUCAAGAUUGCUCUCCCAUCUCGGUGCAGUGUGUGUCAGAUUGAGGAGGAGUCUUUGGAGCAUAUUCUCUGGAGCUGUAGUGCUGCUAAACGUGCUUGGCAGUGGUUGGAAGGUAUUUUUCAUCUUAAAUCUUGUUAUAACUUGAUUGCAUCUAAUAAACAAGCAAAAGGUUGUAGUAGAAUGGUUAAAGAUCUGUGGCUUGUCUCCAAUCUGGUGGUGCGUUCAGAAUUGUGGUUUCAAAGGAAUAAGAUGGUUUAUAAGAAGAAGAAGCCUUGCUGGAAUUUCUUCAAGAAGUGUGUGUUUAAUUUCAUUCAUGAAUACACAGAUAGAAUGAAUGGGUGUAUGCUUAACAGGGUUGAAGAUCUGGAGAUAUUGGAUUUUUUCAGAGUUAAAUGCCGUAAGGUGAAGAUGUUGGAACCUGUUGAGUGUCUUUGGCAGCCUCCAAUGCAAAAUCAACUCUUGUUGUGCUGUGAUGGAGCUUCUAGAGGUAACCCAGGGGUGGCCGGAGCUGGAGUGGUGGCUAGGAAUUCAACUUGUGAAGUGGUGGGAGCAAUCAUUCUAAUUGGCUUAGAUUGGGCAGUUCAAUGGGGUUACAGAGAUGUGCUUGUAAGGACUGAUUCUAUGAGUGUUAUAACUGCUUUGGAAGGGGAUAAUAUUCCAUGGUUUGCAAGACAUAGAUGGUAUGAAGCUAAAUUCAAGUUUGAUUCUAUUCAAUUGGUGCAUACGUUUCGUGAAGCAAAUUUUGCAGCUGAUAAGAUGGCAAAGACUGGUUGUUUUUUAGAUUCUAGAGUGAGACUCAAUUUUGUUGGGCGUUCUCUUUUGAUAAACUUAAUUGAGUAUCCUAAUGUUUCUUAUUUUCGUUUUAAAUAG